AAACCCCUAUUUCCACGUUUCCCGUAACACAGGCACCUUUCGCUGGUCGUGUGAAUUUGUGUUCCUCCACCUGAUCGUUUCCAUUUCUCGAUUUGUAACAUAGAGUUAAUGUGCUGUCUCAUAGAAUUAUAAUUGAAAUUAGGGUUAGAUUAUACUUGGUAGCCCUCAUGACACUGCAAACUCCCAGGUGCCUGUCAAUCGGGACCGGUGGUGAUAGGGGCUAUACGGGUGGAACAAUUGAGUGGACGGGUAAAUGGCGUUUGUAGUAUAUGCUAGCAAUUGACGCUCCAGGUAAAGUGGAAGCGUAAUUUAGAUUAGGUGAAGAAUACAAGGAAAGUAUGGAAAUGAUCAAGGAGACUUCGAACGGUGUGCGGAAUAAAUGCAUCCUAGCCUCAGAUUGCAAAGAAAAGCAAGUGAAGGCGAACAACCAAUGGGAAGAAGGCAACUGGUCCGAAGGUCAUUCCGCAGUGUGUGCGAUAGAACUCCAUCCAACAUAAUGGACAGAAGAACACGAGAGUCAAGCAGCGGCACGCGGGACGCCACAACGCAAGCCGGGUAAGACUUUUAUGUGAAAAAUUGGUUUGGGCAGCAGAGAAAAUCCGCAAAUAAUGAGGCAGUCGAAAGCUAUCUCUGCUAAUGAAAGUUGAUAAAGGGUAAGCCUCACUGUCAUCGUUACCGGUGCCAAUCCGCCCAAGAUAGUACCUCUACAAUGAAUGAGGCAGUCAGAAGCUACCUCUUCUUAUGAAAGUUGAUGUAGGGAAAGCCUAAUUGUCAUGGUUACCGGUGCCAAUCCGCCCAGGAUAGUACCUCCACAAUGAAUCUGGUACAGGUAAUACAGCGCGCGCGUAAAUUUAGAAACAUAAUGAGAACGUAAUCAUAGCUACUGAAAUCAAGCCAGUAGGUACAAUUGUGGAUUCUGUGGGCACAACUGCCAACUACCUCUUCUAAUGAAAGUUGAUACAGGGUAAGCCUCAUUGUCAUCGUUGCUGGUGCAAAUCUGCCCAGGAUAGCACCUCUAAAAUGAAUCUGAUACAGGAAACAGCGUGCGCGUGAAUGUAGAAGCAUAAUAAGAACGCAAUCACAGCUACUGAAAUCGAGCCAGUACGUCCCAUUGUGGAGUCUGUGGGCACGGCUACCAGCUAUCAUCUUACCGAAAUUCGAUUAGAAAAGAUUACCCAAUUAUCGUUGCAAGACCAACUGUCACCCACUAUGAUCUCAAGGUACUUUAGUCACAUCACAAUGUCGGCUUUUUAACGAAUUUCCUACCGGUCUCUUUCAAAAAGUGAACUCUAUAAAAAUGAUUGCUUAUGUAGAAUGAAUUUCGACUAUUAGUUUUGGAUGCCCUCAUAUAUCUAAAUAUAUUUCACGAAAAAGUGCUCAACAAUAUUUUUUGGGCUUAGUUAGUAGCGGAUUAAGACUUCUUUAAAUUUUGCGUUUGAAGAAGGCACAUCUUUCGUUUUUAAAAGACCUCAAGUUUUGAAUUAAUUUGGACUUGACUGGCCGUUGCACUUGUAUUCUGGGUUUCUAAACUACAGACUAUAUAUCUUCCCUGUAAGGAGGAUCACACAUUUACGUAUGCCAUUAAGGGGAACUAACCUGGGACUCUUAAAAUUUCGCAGUGGUUGUGGACCAUAUUUCAUACGUUGCAAGCAGCAUUUUUAAACGGACGGAUACGAUGCUAUAUAGGCAGACAUUUAACGGUUUAAAAAAUCCCAAAAUCCACAAAUUAUUUAAAAGUGAAAAAUAUCCUUUCCUUAGAAAUAAAAAUUUGACGCAAAUAAUGCUACCAAUUGAGCGCAAUAAAAGAUAUUAAUGGGCAUGUUUUCUACAUAAUAUAUCCGGGUGCAUAAAGACAUAGAAUGUCAAUAGUUAUGAAUCAUAUUACGAAGGGCAGCUUUUGCAAGCGGUCUGAAAGCGGUUUGUUUAAGGGUCAGAAUCCUAACCUGACUGAAAUAUCCUGUGAUUAUGCAGCGCGACAAUCAAUCUCACGACUUUGCUUGAGCUAUCUCCUUCACUGGAAGACACCUUUGGUAAUCAUGAUUAGCAUCUUAUAAGAUGGCGCAUCCACUGUGUGUUAAAAAAAUUUCAGCACUUACCCGGCGUCUAAAUAGCUCCCGCCUACCCUACUUCAUAUUUCACGUGCCACACGCAAUACCAUCAGUGUCGAAUGCACCGACAAAUCCACAGGAGAUAUCGACAUCACUGCCUAACCACGACCGUAAAUUCAAGAGCCUUUAGUGUGUCACCUAGACGGAGCAUAUUCUCUGGAAUACCGUCAUAUUCUACGUGAUACAUUUUUUCGUGUCCUGGUCCACAUAGCAAGCUGUUAUUCGGCUGCUUUUUUGUCGUCUGUCACUGGGAACACCUCGAUGACUGAACCAGUAGUUAUGUUCGCCAGAUGAGUAGAUCCCCUUCACCUAAUACUGUGCAGUCAGAUAUUUCUCCUAAAGCGGAGGUGGUACAUUAAUAUCUGAUUUCUGCGGGUAGGUUUGAGUAGCUCAGAAUAAUAUUCAUGAACUCCACACUCAUUGAUUUUCGUUCGCGUCCGAGCCUAGGUGGGGAGGAGAAGAGAGCGCGAGCGAUGCGAUGCAAGUCUUCUAUUAGGUGCAAGUCACUGUUUUCGCUCUAACACUGCUGUGGAACAGACGGUGGACAUUGUCAGAAAUGACAGUCGAACUGUGACUACUUUCCACCAUUCUUUCCAACAUAUACCCGUGGCUUCCGCGUCAUCAACCUACACAUCUACGAGACAUUCACCUAGCCAAAACACCACAGUCCUUAUCACACCACCACACCUCUAUUCACCUGAACACACACGCAUCGUGGGGACAUUUUAUGGGGACUAGUGGACCGAGCAUGAGGCUGCAAUGACCCCUUAGUGCAGCGAUAUUGCAUGCAAUCAAAAGGAAAUUCUGAAAAUAACAACGGAGGAUUUUUUAUGCGCUUUUAAUCCCUAACAAGGUCCCGUUUUUUAUAUAUAUGAUGCAAGCGUGGACACGUUAAGCAAUUCAGGACCGAUAAUCUCCGCAGGAGGCUGAAUGCAGGCCAGAGUGAUUGACAAAAGAGGAUGGCAGUUGCGACUGUUAAAUUGCUUGUAUAUGAGUAACAUUCAGAAUUGCUCCCAGUUUACAAUCCACCAUUUCAAGCAAACUUUGCGGUAGAACGUUAGCCAAUGACGCAAAAUGAGACCCAUUCCAAAUAACCCAAGAUAGGUUCACGUGUCUUACGGAACAGGUGGAAGGAGGGGUUAUGCGGGCGGGGCAAAUGGAUGACAAGGUAGACAGGCGGAAAUAACUUAUUUUGCAAAGACUGUUAUAAAAAACCUGAAUAAACCAAACUAGUUCCGUUAAUGACCUUGAAAAUGGACCGGCAAACAAAAAUAGGAAGAUAUUUAACACCGCAGCUCCAAAAUAAUCCAAAUAUAACACUCACACAGUAAUAACGCCUAAUGUCCGAAUAGUUGAUAUUUAUUUGAAAAUAACGGGGGCGAUUAACAACGAAGAAUAUUCUUAAUUAAAAGGAGGAGAGGGGUUCACCGGAAGUGGUUUAUUGGAGGUCCGACGUUUCAAGUAAUUGCGGGUGACGGUGACAUGCCGGUUGAAUGCAGCCACACAGACGGCCUUGGCGGGUCACUCAUUGAACAAAGUGCGCCAUAUAAGGGGAGCUGUGCGUAGGACUUUUCAGUCUCUGAAGAUGGGAAGUCGAAACAACUUCUCGAACAAGGGGUAUACUUAGGUUUUGAAAAGGUUUCUAAUUAUAAGAUUUUUCAAGACUGUGCAAUUUCCAUUCAUACAGCAUAGUAACUGUCUGUUUACCACUGCUCCUCACGAAAUGUACAACAUGGUCCGCAUCCAUUGCAAAAUUUUAUGGAUACUAUACAGUAUCUUUUUAAAGACAUAGAAUAAUGUGUGAUUUCAUUUGCAAGGAACAAAUGCACCUUGUAGACUGAAAUCGCCAAGCGCAAAUGCAACGGCUGAUCGGGCUCAAAAUUAUUCGGUAACUAGGAAACUUUUUUAAAACCUAAGUAUACUCUUCUAUCGAGUAAAAAAUAUAAAGACGAUUUCAUUCUCUACCAAACGACCAAAUGAAAGCACAAUUCUGUUUGGGGUUUCUGCAAAAUUCAUUCGAAUUUUCAAGACCACUGAGAAUUAUUUAAAAAUGCCUGCCACAUAAGUAGUCAUUCUUUACCGAGUACGGUUUAUUCAGAAGACUAAAAUGUAAAGCAUUCAAAAGCUGACAUCCUGCCAAGACCGAAAUAUAUUUGGACUACGUCCCAUGAGAAUGAAUGAUUUGACCCCACUUAAGUAAACUUUUCUAAUCGAAAACACAUUUCAGAUUUUUAGCCAACAUUUCAUGAGAUCGGUCAUUCACUGUACUGACGAAUGGGAGGUAUACAUUGCACUACCUACAGAAGGGUACGAGCACGACAUGGUCAACCAAUCCAAAAAUUUAAAGGAUCCUGAAACAGACCGCCACACAGUUGUCAUCGAGGCGUAUUGAAGCCGGCUGAGGUACACCGAAUCUAAGAGAAUUCAAGGAACUGAUGGCAUCGAUGUUUUACCCGCUAAAAGUAACGCUGUUGUACACGUGAUCGCUUUGACUGCAACUUAUUGAAGGGAUGGAGGGAACAAAACUGCUGGUAGAGAUGGCAGCCUAUCGAAAAGUAAGUUUAACCUAAUAGAGCGGGGAAGGAAAUCUCUAGUUAUCGCCGUUUAUGAAAGAUUUUCGUUUGUGGGUACAGUGACUCAAAGGAUGGCAUUGAUGUCGCAGUCGCUAAAGGCAAUGUGGUUAAGUCUGUGUCCGGUAAUGACGGCAAAUAAUCGAGAGGUAAUCCGAACCCCAGGGGAAGAAUGAAACAAAACCACUGAUAUGGAUGACAGUGUAUCGAAAAACAUACCCAUUCUAAAUGAGUUGGUGGAAGAAGAAUCCGUAGUACUCGCCUUCACGAAAGUUUUCAGUGUGGAGGUGCAGUCACCGAACAGAUGGCAUAUCUGUUGAAGCUGGAAAAGUGACGCUACUGUUGUAGAAUUCAGUAUGCAGCAGUAUGCAACAAACAAUCCUGAGUCUCAUAUUGCGCUAUUACCGAGUGUUCAACAUUUACCUUCCACUGGCAAAGCCAGAUAUCCAAAAUUCCAUGCAAGAAGAGCACUGGAAUCCUCGUUCUGAAUAGAAUUUCGGAGGACAUUCAUUUCCGAAAGGCAACAGUCAUUGGUUUUCAGCCGCGCCGUGGUUCAAACGGGAGCAGCCUCAGCACUGCUCCUCUCGUCACUUUUCCGCUUGCUGAGUUGGUCAUGGUUGGGUCGUGAACAGAGGCCUGGUGACAACAGCCAACCGACGAAAGCCAAGUCCUUCCUUGGCUUUCAGACGGUCAUUUCGAAAGUACUCGGUUGACACAUGCGUUCACCGUUCGACUGUGGAGACGGAAAAAAUAGGGUCGGGGACGCGUGGACUCGCGCUUUAACUUUCCACGCCUGUGGUCAACGCUCGAGGCUAUAUAGGUCACAGUAAAAUCUGCAUGAGCGCGUGCGAGAUGAGAUGUUUGAAGUGAUUUAGUAAAAUCUCGGAACAGAAGAUGUUCUCCAUGACUUCCUUUGCUACGUGUAUGCAGGUAAUUUCUGCCUUCGUCAGCUACCCCUUGUUAAAAUCUGCUAUAUCGAAAUCAGUGAAUAAAUUUCUGCAGAUAGCGCGCCGAGGCGACAGACUAUCUUGCCUUUCUCUACCUGUUCCUCAUUCUUGAGCUUACUGGUUGUUUAAUUGAAUGGAAUGAACACAACACGACGUGACGCGCUUGGCAUGUGUUGGAUUGUCAGGUCGUUUGACUUCUGAUUGUUAAUUCUUGCGUAACACUGGUCUUAUCCUGCUAUCCGUAGGCUGGGAUCGACGGUUCUGUCCUUAGCGCUAGCGACGUGGUGAACUUUUGACGUUCGCACUUAUAUCUUUAAUUUGUUGAAUUUCUAUUUGCCUACAGUCCGUUUGCUGUCUUUCUUUCUAUCAUCAUUACUACUACGAAUUACCACGAUGCCACUACAUUACUCAAUGGACUUGUUUCGUUUCUCCCAGACUUUUCGCAACAUGCGCCAGAGCUUUAUAUUUCCCGUAUUGAGGCGACAUUUCACUCCGUCAAGAUAACACGCGAAAUAGACAAAUAUUAUAAAUUAGCCGAGGCCCUCCCUCCUACCAUUCUUUCCCAAGUGCAGACGUUCCUGAGAGAUCCCCCGAUUGAUGCUCCCUACACCAAGUUAAAUGCUGAACUCCUUCGCCUGACAUCAGUCUUCGAUCGGCAGCGUUAUCACGCACUGGUAAAAGAGGAGGCCUUAGGUGACCGCAAGCCGUCGGAACUCUUGCGUCGUAUGCGUUCUCUCGUUGGGAAGAUGGCCAUCGACGACAAGUUCUUUACAGAGAUGUUCUUAGAACGUCAGCCGACGUCGGUACAAGCAAUCUUGGCCUCUGGCUCAGACGACCUAGACAUAUCAAAGCUAGCUAAGAUGGCCGACCGUAUGACGGAGGCUGAGCGUUUGUCAUCGCCGACGAUUACUCAGGUUUCCCAGCCUCUCACCGUGUCCACCUCUGACCCGGCUGAACUAAAGACACAGAUUGCCCAGUUAUCAGCGACUGUUGCCGUUUUGCAGCUGCGCCGAUCCCCGGUCCCUCUCGAUGUUCCUUCGGUCGUGACCGUCGUCGUUCCCGCUCUCGCCCCAACACCACAAACCUAUGCUGGUGUCAUGUCAACUAUGGCGAUAAGGCUUGGCGCUGUGUCCCACCCCGCUCCUUCUAGUCCACACAGGGAAACUCCUCGACCGGAGAGUAAAUGCGGCCGAGGUCCCUGGCAACUCUACGGGUCUCACCUUUUACGUCUGUGAUAACACGAGUCGCAGGCAUCUUUUAGUCGACACUGGCGCUCAAAUUACUGUUAUCGCUCUCACGCCAGCCGACCGACGUUUCUCAAACCAUGGUCAUCAAGGCGUAAACUCAUCCCCAAUUACAACCUUUGGACUUCGAUCCCUCUCUCUGGAUAUUGGUCUCCGGCGAUUAUUCGCCUGGAUAUUUGUGGUUGCUGAUGAUCCCAACGCCAUGCUUGGUGCUGAUAUUUUGGCCGCCUUUGACCUUCUGGUGGAUUGCAGGCAACUUCGCCUCCAUGACCGCGCAACUAACCUCACCGUCAAGGAAUUUCCUCCAUGCUCAACUUCCAACCACUUAUCCGUCCUUGACGCAAACCCUGACUGGCCAUUUCGUAGACCUUAAGCAAAAUAUCCUAUUCUCACUAAGCCCCAUUUCUCUCACACCUCAUUGCCCCAUGAUAUUGUUCAUCACAUAAAAAGACUGGUCCUCCCAUUUUCUCUCGUCCCCGCCGUCGUGCUUCCGCGCGUCUUGCAGCUGCUAAAGCUGAAUUUGGCCACGUGCUGCAACUAGGGAUUAUUCGACAGUCUGACAGUCCCUGGGCAUCUCCUAUGCACAUGGUUCCUAAACCAAAUACGGAUGAUUGGCGUCCUUGUGGCGAUUAUAGAGUCCUAAACAACAUCACUAUGCCCGAUCGGUACCCCGUUCCUCAUCUUCAGGACUUUGCUGGAGCCCUUUUCGGCAAAACCAUUUUCUCGAAGAACGAUUUGGUGCGGGCUUUUCAUCAAAUUCCAAUUGCGGCUGAGGACAUUCCCAAGACGGCAUUGACGACUCCUUUUGGCUUGCUUUAGUUCCUUCAUAUGCCAUUUGGUCUCCGAAAUGCCUCACAGGCUUUUUAACCUUUAACUGACCGUGUUUUACGUGGCCUUCCAUUUGUUCAUGCGUAUAUUGAUGAUGUUCUCGUCGCCAGUCUAGAUAUCAGGGAACAUCUCCAACACCUUACCUUGCUUUUCGUCCGAUUUCAGCGGUUUGGUGUCACGCUGGAUCCUGCUAAAUGUGUCCUAGGAGCCACUACUCUUGAGUUCUUAGGUCACCUGAUCGACCAAAAGGCAUUCAAUCUCUUCCCUCAAAGGCUGUUGCCAUUCGGGACUUUCCACUCCCUACCUCGAAGCGUCAGUUGCAACGGUUUCUUUUGUAUGGUGAACUUUUAUCGCCGGUUUCUCCCGAACUGUGCCGAUACCAUCCUACAUCUGACCAGUCACCUCCCAGGUUCUAAGCACACCUUUGGACUUACACCAGCAGCACUCACGUCAUUUGAGCAGGUAAAAGCCCUUUUGGCUGAUGCCAACCUCCCGACUCACUUUCAUGCUGAUGCACCCAUAUCUCUGAUGGUCGAUGCCUCCAAUGUUGCUGUUGGCGCGGUUCUUCAACAAAGUCUGCCAGAUUCUACCGUGCCUUUGCCUUUCUUCUCCAGGAAACUAUCCAUGGCGGAAACGCGCUACAGCACAUUUCCGGCAUUUACUCGAAGGUCGAGAGUUCACAAGUUUCACAGAUCAUAAGCCACUUACAUUUGAAAUACAUUCCCACUCUGACAAGUUAUGCCCCCUGGAGAUCCGCCACCUGGACUACAUUUCUCAGUUCACUUCAGACAUCCGCCAUAUUGACGGGUCACGGAAUGAGGUGGCUGACGCACUCUCCAGGCCCUCCAUUGCUCAACUUCAGCUUUCACCCGGGAUAGACCUCGCUUGGAUGGCCGCUGAAGAACGCCAUGUCGGUUCACCCUGUGAUGAGGAUGUUUCCGGACUCCAACUUCAGGAACUACCACUGACAACUGGCAACGGCACCAUCUUAUGCGACGUAUCCACCAAUUCCCAUCGUACAUUUGUGCCACCAUCUCUCCGCCACAAAGUUUUCUCCUCCCUGCACAAUCUCUCUCACCCUGGGAGUCGAGCAACCGACAAGCUGGUUUCCGACCGCUUCGUCUGGCCUGGGAUGCACAAAGACCUUAAAGCAUGUACACGGGCUUGUAUCGCCUGUCAACGGAGUAAGAUCCAGCGGCAAAACAAGGCCCCUAUUGGCACCUUCCCCGGCCCUCUUUUAAGGUUGAGCCACGUUCACCUGGACAUUGUAGGCCCCCUGCCUCUGUCCAAUGGUUGCUCCUAUCUCCUCACCUGUGUGGAUCGGUUCACUGGGUGGCCUGAAGCAAUUCCCCUGUCUGACAUUACUGCUCGAACGGUGGUCAGGGCUUUUCUUAGUCGUUGGGUUGCUAUCCUUGGUGCACCCUCCAUAAUCAAGACUGACCGUUGUGCCCAGUUUGAGUCUAACCUCUUCCAGUCUUUACCCUCCUUUUUAGGCUGUACCCGAAUCCGGACAACAGCCUAUCACCCGGCUGCUAACGGGAUGGUCGAGCGGUUUCACCGCCAGCUGAAGGCCUCCCUACGCCCCGCGGCCGAUCCGGAGAACUGGACGGACCACCUUCCCCUGGUCCCCUUGGGCAUCCGCUCCGCUCUCAAGCUGGACCUUGACUGUGCCGCAGCUGAACUGGUGUUAGGUGCCACCGUCCGACUCCCGGUGAGAUGAUCUCGCCAACCCCACGAGGUGCAUUUGAGGAUCCCAUCAACCUCCUGCAUCGCCUCCAGCAGUUUAUGCGGGCAAUUUCUCCGGUUCCUCCCAGGUCCUCCGCCUCUCCGUCUUAUCUCGAGAAGGACAUGGCAACGUGCUCGCACGUCUACCUUCGAUGUGAUCGAGUCCGUUGGCCUCUGGAACCGCCCUAUGACGUCCCAUUCCGAGUGCUCUGUCGCGGGAUGAAGACUUUCCGCAUUCAACGCGACAAUCGUGAAAAGGUAGUGACUGUGGAUCGCCUCAAGGCCCUUUGGUCCUCUACAUUCUGCCUCCCUACCUGCAGCCUCUAUUCCACCGUCACGUAUUUUCCCUCUGCCCUCCUGCCUGCUACCUACGACCGCCACCACCAACUCCAACACUUCCGCCACCAGAUGUAUUCACUCGUCUACGGACCCUGUAUAUAUCACUCUCAGUGGUCGUCAUGUACACUUUCCUGA